GCCAUUCUUGAUUUAGCACACCAAUCUCGCACUUAGGUUGGAACAGGUGUCAAAGUUUUUUUUAAAUUGUUUUCAUUGGUUGGAAUUAAAAUGGUGUUUUUAGUGAAGAUUUUGUUUACGUUGCUGAUGGCUCAUGAAAGUUUCGGGAUGAUGAGCUCGAAAGCCAUGGAAGGUUAUCCUGAAGGAUUUUUGGGAAAUUGUCCCGGCAGCAAUAAACCAGCCAUAAUAACGAAGAAAAGCCUAAAAUACUUGGGACUAGUGGUUCUAGGCGACGACUCACCGCAAAGCCCGAGAAAGUUCAGAAGUCGGACCUACAACUACUAUCAAGCCAAAGAAAUUGCCAAGAAUCCAAACUGGGACUUCAGAAGGAAGACAAUAUUGUUCCUUGGCGGAUACCUGGACAGUCCCAACUUCUUUGUCAGUCAAAUCAUGGGCAAGACGUACCGGAAAAUGGGAUAUAACGUCUUACUUAUGGAAGCCAAUCGGUUCCUAACAUUGCAUUAUCCCAUAUCAGCACGCUACGUCCGUCCAAUCGGGAUGCACAUCGCAGAGAUGCUCACCAACCUGACUCAACCCGGCCUCAUGGACCUGAACAAAUUCGAGCUAGCAGGCAUCAGCCUGGGAGGCCAACUCAUCAGCUUUGUCGCGAAAAACUACCACCGCAUCACAGGAAACAAGAUACCUCGACUCACAGCUUUGGACCCCUCUGGACCUUGCUUCAGAAACAAUGACCCUGAGAACAGACUUGAUGAUUCUGACGGAGAUCUAGUAGUGGUCAUAGAGACGAAUAUUGACGGGUUUGGAAUGGCAGCUCCGGUUGGUCACGUCAACUUCUACGUCAAUGGUGGGGAGUAUCAACCAGCUGACUUGUACUGGAUCCCUUGCAGUGUCAUGUGCAGUCAUGUCAGAUCGUAUACCAUCUGGUAUGUCGCGUUACACCACCCCAAGUCUUUCAUCGGGGUUAAGUGCGAUUCGGUCCAAGAGGCCAGAAAGCACGCUUGUUUUGGGAAAACCCCGCUUUCGACGAAUAAUCUAAGUCCAUAUUACGUUAACGCGAGUAACCCUGGAAUAUUCUACCUCGCCACAGAUAAUAACUAUCCAUAUUAUUUGGGAGAAAAGGGACUGAAUAAAGAUGGCGAGUUCUGGACGAAGAAUUUAAUAUAUUUUAACUCAGAGGAAGUGUUGAAAUUGUGAUAUUAGUUUAUUGAUUGAAUUCUGUUACAAUAAUUAUAAGUAAGUAUAAUGAAAGACCAUUUCUUAGGCUACUCUAUGAUAUUAGUAGUACCUACUUACGAGUAUAAUAACUACACAAAGUGUCUCAUGGCGAUUCCACAUGAAAAGGGAAUUCAGAGAAUAUGCAGUAUUUUUUAAUAAAUAUUUUAUCAGUAAAAUUCCUUUCAGAAUUUCAGGUGCUUUCCCUUCAUGUAGCCUCGCUAUGGUACACCAUAUAUAUUUAUUUGUAGGUGCUUUUUAUAUUUAUUACUAUUUGUCUACAGUAUUUUCUGCCAUCUAGUGGUUUAAGUUGACAAUAAGUUAAAUA